UAUUAAAAUAUGUAUAGUUUUUGGAGCUGAGAAAUGUAUAUGGCAGGGCCAUGCAAGGAGACGUGUGGUUCAUGCUUCCCCAAACCCUGAGCUCCCCAAAUGAUUUUUGUAAAGCAUUUUUUAAAAUAAUUCAAUGAAUUUUAUUAUACUUAUAAUCAAAUAUUUUUGAAGAAAUAUGAUGGAUCUAACCCAAAAGCCCUGCUAACCGAUUCCUAGGAGAACCCUCUUUUUGGAAUCAUAUUCUUUUGCACAUUGAUUUGCUGAUAUUCGCUCUGAUCAACAUGGCAUAGACAAUAAUGGUCAUUUAUCAUUUACAGAGUGAGGAAAUGCUUGAAACCAGACCUGGGGACAAGAGCCUGAGAAGGGAAACCACAGUGGCCAGGGUGCCAGUGACUUGUUUUUGUGUUACUGACAAUUUAUCCUCUUCUACUAGUGAACAAGGGCAGGUCAAGGCUUUGCCUGUGCUUCGUAACCCUUUCUAUCACCCCUGCCCUCGGAUUUCCUGCUUUGGAAUAGCAUCUCCAGCCUCAUCUCUCCAAGAGCAUGGAUUAAGGCUUUCUAACAGUUGAGAAUGAUCUGCUUUUCAGAUAACACCAUCCAGUCGAUUUUCUGCUGCUGCUGCUGCUGUUCCGUUCAGAAGCGACAAGUACGGACACAAAUAAGCCUAAGCAGUGAUGAAGAACUUUCAGAAAAAUACACGCAGCGUCGCAGACCGUGGUUCAGUGAACUGCCAAUUAAGAAGCAUUCCAACAGGGGCCGUGUGCAACCAUCAAAACGCAAGCCGCUGCCUCCCCUUCCACCCUCUGAGUUUGUGGAAGAGAAGAUCAAAGUCAAGGCAUUAUAUGAUUUCCUGCCCCGAGAGCCCUAUGACUUAGCAUUGAAGAGAGCUGAAGAGUACCUGAUAUUGGAGAAGUAUAAUCCUCAUUGGUGGAAGGCAAGAGACCGCUUAGGGAAUGAAGGCUUAAUUCCAAGCAACUAUGUGACUGAAAACAAACCAACCAAUUUAGAAAUAUAUGAGUGGUACCAUAGAAAUAUUACCAGAAAUCAGGCAGAACAUCUUUUGAGACAAGAGUCUAAAGAAGGUGCAUUUAUUGUCAGAGAUUCAAGACAUUUGGGAUCCUACACCAUUUCUGUGUUUAUAAAAGCUAAGAGAAAUAUGGAGGCUACCAUCAAACAUUAUCAGAUUAAAAGGAAUGACUCAGGACAGUGGUACGUGGCUGAAAGGCACCUCUUUCAAUCAAUCCCUGAGCUGAUCUGGUAUCACCAGCACAAUGCAGCCGGGCUCAUGUCUCGUCUCCGUUACCCAGUUGGGCUGAUGGGCAGCUGUUUACCAGCCACGGCUGGUUUUAGCUAUGAAAAGUGGGAGAUAGAUCCAUCUGAGUUGGCUUUUGUGAAGGAGAUUGGAAGCGGUCAGUUUGGAGUGGUCUAUUUAGGCCAGUGGCGAGCACACGUCCAAGUUGCCAUCAAGGCCAUCAACGAAGGUUCCAUGUCUGAAGAGGAUUUCAUUGAAGAGGCUAAAGUGAUGACGAAGUUAUCUCACUCAAGGCUCGUUCAGCUCUAUGGAGUAUGUAUACAGCGGAAGCCCCUUUACAUUGUGACGGAGUUUAUGGAACACGGCUGCCUGCUUAACUACCUCAGAGAGAGGAAAGGAAAGCUGAAGAAGGAGAUGCUGCUCAGUGUGUGCCAAGAUAUCUGUGAAGGGAUGGAGUAUCUGGAGAGAAACUGCUUCAUCCACAGGGAUUUAGCGGCCAGGAAUUGUUUGGUCAGUUCUACAAGCAUAGUAAAAAUUUCGGACUUUGGAAUGACGAGGUAUGUUUUGGACGAUGAAUAUAUCAGUUCUUCUGGAGCCAAGUUCCCAGUCAAGUGGUCCCCUCCUGAAGUUUUCCAUUUCAACAAGUAUAGCAGCAAAUCUGAUGUCUGGUCAUUUGGAGUUUUGAUGUGGGAAGUUUUUACAGAAGGAAAAAUGCCUUUUGAAAAUAAGUCAAAUUUGCAAGUUGUAGAAGCUAUUUCUAAAGGCUUCAGGCUCUACCGGCCUCAGCUGGCACCAAUGGCCAUAUAUGAAGUCAUGUACAGCUGCUGGCAUGAGAAACCCAAAGGCCGCCCGACGUUUGCUGAGCUGCUGCAGAUUCUCACGGAAAUUGCAGAAACCUGGUGACCCGAAGCGAAUGCCAACCCAGGGGAUCAUCAUGCAAGACUGUCACGGAAGAUCACCGAUGGUGAAUAUCUUCCAAGAGAGUCGCCGACUCUCGGGAACAGUGCAAAGAUCACAGGCUUUUCAAACUUUUGAGAGUUUAAGGCUAUUCUGACAAUUUUUCUACAUGAGCAUUUGAGAGAGACUUCUAAACGCUGAUUUCUCGGUCAUCUGGUCAUCUUCUGCAUGUCCCAUAUGUGACGAAGGGAAAAAUGCUGCAUAGUGGUCUUCACGGUGGCUGCUCUUCAUGAGAAGAGCCUGAGGGUCCCCAGGGAUGUGUGAAAACCUGAUCUUUUUCUAAGGAAGAGCCUGAAGAGGAGGAACUUUUUUUUUUUUUCUUUUUUCUUUUUGGCUGUCCUGAGGCAUAUGGAGUUCCUGCGCUAGGUAUCAGAUCCAAGCUGCAGUUGUGACCUAUGCCACAGCUGUGGCAACACUGGAUCCUUUAACCCACUGUGUUGGGCUGGGAUUGAACCUGUGUCCCAGUGCUCCACGAUGCUGCCAAUCCCAUUGUGCCACAGUGGAAACUCCAAGGAAAAUUCUUCCCUGCGGUGGUCCCUGCAUAGAAAAUGAAAACAAAUCCUGCCAACUCCUGGAAUAAAGGAGUCUCUUCUGCAGAAUUUCCUGCUUUUGAGCUGUACAGAUUUUUAUGAAAAAGCACACCUUUACAAACCACAUGAACAUGCGUAUUUUGGAACCGUCUUUCAUAAUCUUCACUAUGUUAUUGAAUGAGUUAUUUUUGCACAUAUCUGAUUAUUUGGUAGACAGCUUCCAGUAUGGAACUCUGUUAUAGGAGUGAGUUCUCCUUUGGUCCUGGUGAUGUUUCUAUUUCCAGUGAUAGUCAUUGUCUGGGACAAUUCAGAACCCGAAUCUCAGUUUUAAGAUUUCACACUUUGUACAUGUCAAAUCGCACAAUUUAAGAAGCCGCAUUCUGUCAUAGAAAUACCUCCUGUACCUUUCUAGAAGAUGACUUUUUUUUCACAAGAACAGAAAAAAAAAAAGAUAUCCAACUAUUAUAUCAAGUUCCAUUAUUUCUGAAGCCCAAGGUUUUGGAUUCAAGAUGCAAUAACUAGUAAUUACAAUUAUCUUAAUUUCUCAUGUACUGUUUUUAGGAAUGAUUGGGUAUCAAUCUUUAUCAUCCUGAGUGAUUCAGAAAUACACAGGGAGAGGAGUUCCCAUUGUGACUCGGCAGAAAAAAACCCAACUAGUAUCCGUGAGGACAAAGGUUCAAUCCCUCGCCUCACUCAGUGGGCUAAGGAUCUGGUAUUCCUGCAAGCUGUGGUGUAGGUUGCAGACAUGGUUCGGAUCUGGUGCUGGUGUUGCUGUGGCUGUGGUGUAGGCUGGCAGCUGUAGCUCCGAUUUGACCCACUAGCCUGGGAACUUCCACAUGCUGCAGGUGUGGUCCUAAAAAGACCAAAAAAAAAAAAAAAAAAAAAAAAAAAAGGAAGGAAGGGAGAAAGAAACAAACAGGGAGAAGGGUCUGCAAAAAGCAGGAGUCAUUACCCUGGGGUUUAAGGUUGGAGCCUUUUAUUUGUGGGUUGUCCCACCCUUCAUCAUGGUUCUGGGAGAACAUGUUUUGUGAUUCUGAUGAGAGUCAAAGGUGCUGGCUUCUAGUAGUUGUGAUUUUAAGUCAUGUUUCCCCACCCCAGGAAUGAUAUCUUUGAAUAUCAGUGGGAUGAAAUCAGGGUACAUUGAAAUGAUGAGCAUCAGGCACAAGAGUUAUCAAUCCUGAUCAUCCAAGUGGUGGCCUCAGAACUCUGCGUGAGAUACGGCACCAUUUCUGAAGCUGGCAGACUCCUUCUCCUAUGACUUCUGCUAUGAGGAGCUUAGAACGAGGGCUCCUUCUACUGAGACCUUAGUUCAAGUAAGACAUGUGAGAGUCUAGCUCCAGAAGGCGUUGAGACUAUUUGACAGCAAAAGCCAAGGGAGGGGAGAUUAAUGUUAUGAUAUAGGAAAUGAAGUACCAAUACAGGCGGGAAGGUAUCUUUCUCAGGUUUUGCUUUCCCCCUCAACCCCUCCCAGUGGAGUUCCUAGUGGGUUAAGGAUCUUGCAUUGUCACUGCUGUGGCUUGGGUUUGAAGUUUCAUAGCUUGGGAACUUCUGCCUGCUUCAGGCGAAGCCAAAAAAACCCAAACCAAAAAAACUAAACAACAACAACCAAAAAACAUGAACCCAAAUGCUGAAAAGCUAGAACUUACCACAGAGCAUCUGCCGUCACUGUAGAUGUGGUGCAGGGAGGCAGAACAGAGCAAAGAGUUAUGCAGGGGGUCAUAUGGCAGCAGCUGGCAUUUUUAUGGGUGUAUAUUAGUGGUGGCAAGGCAGCACUAUUCCUUUUGUUUUAAUAAUUCAGGAAAGUUUGAGAUACCAAAUUAGGAAAGGAAUAAAUGGAGCUGUCAUAUAAGUAAUUGAGCCUCUGUAUAAUGUGUGAAUUUGGAAUGUCUAUGGACAGAGAUUGAGCAUUCUGUGCCUAGCAGAAGAAAAUAAUUGCCUUAAGAAAUAGUCACACAGGAGUUCUCAUUGUGGUGCAGCAGAAACAAAUCUGACUAGUAUCCUCGCGGAUACAGGUUCUAUCCCUGGCCUUGCUCAGUGGGCUAAGGAUCCAGCGUGGCCACGAGCUGUGGUAUAGGUCACAGAAGUGGUUUGGAUGCUGCGUUGCUGUGGCUGUGGUGUGAGCCAGUGGCUAUAGCUCUGAUUAGAUCCCUAGCCUGGGAACCUCCAUAUGCCAUGGGUAUGGCCCUAAAAAGCAAAAAAAAAAAAAAAUAAAUAAAAAUAAAGAAAGAAAUGAAAGAAGAAAUGCUGCAUUCUAGAAUUUCAAAAUCCGUUCUCAUUUCUAUUUAAGUCAUUAAACGGAUAAUAAUCAGUAUCCUGAUUUCUAACACCAUGAAUUAGUAUGAGCUAUUUUUGAACUUUCUAUAACUGGAAUCCUAUGAUACGUAUUCUUUAGUGCCUGGCUUCUUUCACUUAAUAUGUUAGUUUGAUCGUAUAUACCAUGUGGUAUAUAGUUGUAUUUCAUUCGUUCUUAUUUCUGUGUAGCCUUCUACUGUUUAUUUAUAUUAUAAAUUAUUUACCUAUUCUACUCUUCAUGGACACUUGGGUUAUUUCCAGUUUGGGGCUUUUAAGAUGAAUGCUGCUAUGAACAUUUUUGGUGAAAAUAUGUAUGCAUUUUUGUUAGGUAUAAGCCUAGGGGUGGAAUUCAGAGCCAAAAUAUAUGUUUAUAUUCAUUUUUUGAUAAAUAGUGCCAUUGUUCCCAAGCAGACAUAACCAAGGACACAACCAGCAGCAGUGUAAGAGCGUUCCAGUUGCUUCCCUCCCCAGCAGCAUUUAGCAUUGUCUUUACUGUUACAACCGCCAAAGGAUUUUUAUGGGCAAACAUGUCUCAUAUUAAACUGAAGUUGUUUGUUGA